AUGCAAGCAAUUUCAAGCAAAAAGGUAGGGUAUCCUCCACUCUCUCUUCAUUCGAUCGAUACCAAUAUAAGGCUACCACAAAAACUCUUCAACUUAUUCGCACGUGCAACCUGGAAUGCGUUAAAAGGCUCCUCUUUUGAUAAUCAAGGUGCAACAAUUGCCCGCGAAGAUAUUCAUCGUGCGUAUGCGCUAGCCUGUCACUAUCAAAAAGGGUCAACUGGCGACAAAUCGAACCGUCAAGCUGCUAAACCCGCUAUACCUGCCAAAUAUAUGCACCAGGAUGUCACUUCAAGCCCAGCCACCGCUGGAGAGACUGCGUCGGAAGCCUUGUUGAAACUGCUAAUGGACGCGAGGGCAGUAGACUGCGAUAUUGAUCUUAGUGACAGCUAUUCCAAACACGAAGAUAUGGCUGAUCAUGAUGAAGUCAUCCAAGGCAAAACCAGAAAGUUGUUGGCGAAGAACACGGCCAAGCCACUUCUUCGAGGCAAAACGUCACCAGUUAUACGCAGCUGCAUCCUUGAAAACAUCAUAUCCUUAGCCUCUGUUUCCAGCGAGGAAUUAAAGGAAAUAACAGGUAACAUGAGCUCAGCGAUGUUUGCAGCGAGUGCAGCACAUGAAGAUAUGGCGGAAACAUCGUCGGUUGGGGAAGGGGCAACACUUCUAAUUAAGCAAAUAGAAGAAUCGACAGCCCAGAAUCAAGACCUGCACCUCAGACGGCGAUAUAUCACUGCAGCACAGGAUCCUCAAUUGGACCCUAAGAACCCCAAAGUCGGCGAUCACCUCACGCUCCGCGCCUGGCAGGUUGAAAGAGUAUCUUGGAUGCUCCAUCAAGAGGCAUCUAACAUCAAGUGUGGUAUUUUAAACGACUCGUGCGGUUUUGGAAAGAUUAUCCAGGCCCUUUCUUUAGUUUACUUUUCCGCACUGCGACAAAACGAGAAUCACCGUCCGACUAUCAUCAUUGCCAAUUUGUCUCGUCUCAACGUUUGGAUUGUAGAGUUCAAAAAGCAUUUCGAUGGCCUACUGCAACUCUACAUAUUCCAUGGCUCUGAGACUCGCAGCACUACAAAUACGUUCAAAAAGACCCAUACCAUCGCGGACAUUGACUCCGUCCUGGCACAACAUCCUCGCACGGACCCGUCUUUAUCCCGAGUUGUGGUUCUUACAACUUGGGAUAUGGACCAUUUGACCAUUUGA